AUUACAGUGUGAACCAUUCUUGCUGAACGGUAAACACGAGCUUUGAAGAAGGGCGUCCAGAGAGGAGCUCUGAAGUCGCUUCGCUGUUUCCCAAAUCCUCUGCUCAAGUGUAUCGCCGCCUGGCUCUUAUCGACCAGUCACUUCUUUUCUUCCAGAGGCCAUAACUCAUAACAUCUGGUCAAGCAGCGAGGGAGAUGGCUAGACUGUUGUUCUCUUUGCUACUUUUGAUCGUAUAUGUCUACUAGCAUGCUGUUUAUCAUGAAUGUUGCGUUUUGCUGAAUUAUCAUGUCCGUUUGAAUUGCUAUUGAUUAUAUACAUACAUAUUGAUUUUGUCUUGGAAAUAUUUUGUAGUUAGUCAUCUUGUUGGUAUGGUGUAUGAUCGACUUUGACAUAUCUAAAAGUGUGGUGGAGAGUGCUUUUUGUUGGAAUGACUACUCCUGAGUUAGUUAAUAUCCAGUUACUGGGAGUCUCUUUGGAACCAAUGUCUUCAGCAAACUGCUUCACUCUUUAUUUAUCCCAGGGAACCGUAGAAUGCUAAAUACAUUAUUAUUAUUACAGCAAAUAGUUCGAUCUCGCCCGCUUGGUAAAGAAUACAAUGUAUAUGUCACCGAUGAGUAUCACAAGACAAGUCUCAUGCUUCACAUCCGAAACCACAAAAAAAAAUUCCUAGAUCUGAUUGAAGAUUAUGAACAUUUUUAUGUUAGAUUUAUGGUCCAAUUACAGGUUGCAAUACUAGUGCUAGUUUCUAUCAGCCUUACUUGAAUAUAGCCCUCGUUCUUAACUUUUUAGUAAACUCUUAAACCUUUGACUCAACACUAAAAUCAAAAGUUAUCAGUUUCUCAAGAUUAAAAAGUAAUCCUAACUUGAUGAAGAUGCAUCUCAAUAACAUUGUCUUGUGAAUCAUUGUUCUACAAUCAAUUUUCGCUUCUCGACCUCUAGAAAAAGAACUAAAUGUUGGGAAUUGGAUGUAUGUCUAGAAAAAGAAUUAUAUGAUGCUGUCAUAUGAUCCCUUUGCAUGAGCGAAUAGAUAAGUGGCUCUAGAAGUCAGUCAGUUUUUAAAAUAUUGACAUCAGAUAUGUCGAGGUUGUUGGUAUGGGAUUUCUGGAUAGGACCUAUUUUUGUUCAGGAUUUGGAUACUGGGAUCUCAUAAGUUUCAUUGGAUUCGGAUAAGGAUCUACUAAUUUUUCUCAACAUAAUCAUAAGAUCAUUUCAAUCAACCAGCAUUCUUGGAAAUAGCUUAUUAGUUGGUAACAGUUGUCUUUUAAGAGAAAAAGGUUUUUCUAAAAAAAAAAUGAGGUAGGAAUAUUAGUUGGUCAAAUUGUACAUUUCCUUUUUCUUCUGUGAAUGCAGUAUACUAUGUGAAUCUAGUGGCCUCAUGUAUCACUACUACUUUCUUUCAUGUCAUUUGGACGUUCAGAACUUAGCCAAGUGAAUAGAUUAGGCUUGUGUAUUUGAAGCUUUAGGACUUCCCUUGUUCCAUUACUUUAAAAAAUAAGAACCUCAAACCAUGCAGUGCAAGUAUUGGCAUCAAUGGGUACGACAGGCAUGUUUAUGAUGGUGGGAGAAUGGUUUGCACGGUAUGUCGCGGGCAAGGUUAUGGACAAGAUGGGAGACAAGGCCCUCUCCUCUACUUCUGACAAUGACAACAUGCUGGUGGAUGUUAGGACCAUGCUGAAGAAAGUGGAGGACAGUCUUCCUCGCAUUUUAGCUGUGAUCCAUGCAGCCGAGGGGAAGCCUAUCAGGAGCCAAGUCCUGGUCAAUUGGCUAAGGGAACUCAAAGAUGCUGCUUAUGAGGCUGACGAUGCACUCGAUGAGUUCGAAUUCAGAGAACUUCAAGAGUCGCAAGACAGUAGCAAGGUGGCUGCAUUUGUGUCCUCAGCUUGUAGAUUUAUCAAGAAUUUAUUUGUCUCAGAUGAUGAACUUCAAAGGUUGAAGAAUCUUGUGGGGGAUAUCGAUGAAAUUUUUCUCGACAUCGACAGCAAGACGGCUGAAGUGGAUGAGUACAUAGCAAAGGGGAAAUCUGCAACUAGGGAGACCAGCUCAUUCAUGCGAGAGGAAGUGUUCGGGAGGGAUAAAGAGAGGGACAAGAUACUAGAUAUGCUGCUGCGUUUAGAUGAUGAACCUGAUUUUGGUAACAAGGGUGCUGGGAGUAGCAGCUAUCCUAGUCUUGGUGUUCUUUCGAUUGUAGGCAUCGGAGGAGUAGGCAAGACAGCUCUGGCACAACUUAUUUACAAUGAUGAAAGGGUCGCUAACCAUUUCAAGCGGAAGUGGGUUUAUGUCUCUGACGAUUUCAAGUUGAAGAGGAUUUUCAAAGAGCUGAUAUAUGACUCUCCAGGUGGAGUCUUUGAGGAGAACAUCAGUUCAGCUGCCAUGCUCAAGAAACUUAAGGAUGUCUUUAAGGAUAAAAGGUUCUUGAUUGUGCUGGAUGAUGUGUGGGAUGAAACGGGAACGACUUGGAAGGAACUCCGUAGUGCCUUAACAUUCGGGGCCAAAGGUAGCACAAUUUUGCUAACAACUCAGAGUCCAAAAGUAGCAGAGAUUAUGGGGACCAUGAACCCGAUCCACCUGGAGCCUCUAGAGGAGCAUGAUUUCAGGAGACUUUUCGAGCUUUGUGCAUUUGGCGAUGAGGAGCUCAAACCAGAUUUGAAAGCAAAGCUACAAUUAAUUGGUCACAAAAUAUUGCAAAAGCUACAUGGCUUGCCUUUAGCAGGGAAGGCACUGGGAAGUUUGCUAAGAACCAGAUUCGAUGAGAAAUUUUGGAACGCAGUCUUGGAAAGCGAAUGGUGGGAAGAAGAUUUUGCUGUGAGCAACAUCCUGCCAUCUUUGGGGUUGGGUUAUCAACACCUGAGCACAAACCUGAAACAAUGUUUUGCUUAUGCUUCUGUAUUUCCCCAGGCUUACGUCUUCCACAAGGAACGUUUAGUACAAAUGUGGAUUGCUCAAGGUUUUAUCCAAUCCAAAUCCCAGGGAAGAAUGAGUUUAGAGGAUAUUGGGAGCCAGAUUUUCGAUGAAUUAGCUGACAGGUACUUCUUUCUGAGUAAACAGGAUGGUGGAUAUAUGAUGCAUGACUUGAUCAGAGAUUUGGCUGUGUGUGUUUCACUGGAUGAAUGUUGUGUGGUCAACGAUGAUGAUCCUGUGGAAAUUCCACCAACCGUUCGCCACUUAUCUUUUACAGCUGCAAAACUUGAUGCGGCAAGAGAAGUGCACAAGUUUAGGAAGGUAAGAACUAUUAUAUUUUUUCAUGAGUUUAAUCCUACAGAGUUUUAUGCGGUCUUAGAAGACAUCUUAGAAAACAUCAAGAGCCUGCGGGUGUUAGAUUUGUCAUAUGUUCACAUGGGAUUAAAGAGGUUACCAGAUGCAAUCUGCGAGCUAUCACAUCUUCGAUAUUUGGACAUUUCUCACACUAAGAUCAGACAGCUGCCUAAAUCGUUUUCUAGGCUGUGCCAUCUACAAGUGCUGAAUGUGAAGGGGUGCUUCUCUUUAUACAAGCUAACACAAGGAAUGGACAGACUGAUCAGGUUGCGAUACUUUUAUGCUGAAGCUGGAACAAUCUCACUAAUAAAUGAGAUUGGGAAACUGACCGACCUUCAGGAAUUAGAAAAUUUCCAGGUUGCAAGGAAGAGAGGGCACCAGAUAGGAGAGUUGAAGCAGUUGAGAAAUCUCAGAAGACGACUGUGCAUACGGAAUCUUGAGAAUGUGGAAAGCAAGGAGGAGGCCAUGGAGGCACAAUUGAAGGAUAAACAUCAGCUCGAUGAGGUGUCAAACAUCUGGACCGAGGAUAGGGAAGACCUCCGUGGAGACCUGGACAUGGAUAUACUUGAAGGCCUUGAACCACCAUGCGGUUUGAAACGGCUUGAGAUCAUGUUUUAUGGAGGUCUGAGGUGUCCAACUUGGUUGGUAACCAAUCAUCUCAUCAGCCUGGUAUCUGUUUGUUUAACUUCGUGUAAAAGGCUUGUCAGUCUCCCCCCUCUUGGGAAGCUUCCCUUUCUCAAAAAUCUUGAAUUCAAGGCGAUGCCUGCGCUAAAACUCAUUGGAGUUGAACUUUAUGAGAAUGCUGAUCCAGUCUUCCCGUCGUUGGAGUUUCUAAGAUUCGAGUUAUUGGAGGGAUGCGAGGAAUGGUCUGAAGCAGACAGUAGGCAGUUUUUACCUCGUCUUCGUGAACUCCACAUUUGUAAUUGCAUGAAGCUGAGAAAAGCACCUCUUCCUCACCUGCUUACUUCGUUUCUAAAAGUGCUAAGUUUAUCGAACAUUGGCGACCUUGGUAGUGAUCUAUCUGGAUGUCUCCUGUUGCUAACCUCUCUCAACUUUGUGGAGCUUCGUGAUUGCAUACAUAGAGCCUCAGUUUGUCUGUCUAACCUCAGCAAUCUCAAUGGUUUAUGGCUUAUUAAUUGCCCAGAGUUGAGAUUACUUGGUGGGAUUCGAUCCCUUCCCAAACUGAGAGAGCUAACGCUCGAAGGAUGUCCUAACUUCUAUGAGCCGGGCUUACAGUGGGACCAACCAAGUGAUGAGCAGAACUUGAGAUCUCUCUCUUAUUUCAACACCGACGGAUGCGCUCUUGAUAAUAUGAGUCUCAUGUUUGGAAGAAUCCACGCUCUACGGAGACUGCGGUGUUGGAGUUGCAAGCAUCUUGCUUCCUUCACAGUCGAGCAGGAGGAGUGGCUUCAACAGUUACCCUCCCUGGAAGUACUUGAAUUCGCAUUUUGUGCAGAACUGCUGAGCCUUCCUGCUAAUUUGGCCAACAUUUCCUCCAUCAAGAAGUUGGAAAUCUUUACCUGUCCUGAAAUCAAGUCACUGCCCGAGAAUGGCCUGCCAUUGUUGCUGAAAGAAUUGAUUAUCUUGCAAUGCCCAUCACUGAGCGAGCGGUGCAGAAAGGAUGAGGGAGCUGACUGGCCAAAGAUCGCCCAUAUUCCUUACAUACGAACUGAUGAUCAGGAAAUCGAAUCCGUGGCAUCGCAGCAACAGGAACAGGAAUAGCAGUCCUCAGUUCUUUGGUCCAAUAAACGCAUCGAUGCACCGGGCAUGGAAGAACACAUCAUCUUUGGUUAUGUAUUUCCUGCAGAUGACCAGAGUCACUUGUGGUGGUGCUGCUGCCGACCAAGUUUGUAUUGGAGAUGGAACUGAACAUGAUGAUGAUGAUGAUGACAACUGGGGGAAUGAAUUGAAUUGUCAAAAAGUGUUUUAUGUGCUUUAGUUAUUCAAACUUUAUAUGAUAUGUAGUGUGGUACGAUCAAUUUAGCAGUCACUUGAGUAUUGUUUCAAGAAAAUAGCAACUACGGGAGGGUAAUAAAAUUCUAUGGGAAAAUGUGAAAACCUCAUUUGGUAUUUGACCAUUGCCAACCAUAUUAGUUUUCCUUGAUAGCA